CUCCACUAAAAGCAGAUUAACGCCAGAGAAAGAAAAAAAGACUCAGAAAUGGAUUCGCGUUUUAUUCUGGUUGUCCUGUGUUUGUCUUCGCUGGUCAUACUGUCGUCGGUGGACGUGUGUGAGAGUGCCUUCGAGAUGGCCUGUAUGGACAAGUGUCUCAAAGUGAGGCGUUGCAAGAAGUAUGGACUCGUCUCGUUGGACACCGACUGCGACCGUCAGUGCAAGAAGAAGUGCUAUAAGGUGAAAGCCUGAGAAGACAUCCAGUGAUGGCGU